CAUAUUGGGAAACCGCAGGUCGCUUUAUUCCAAGUGUCCAUCGAGAAAAGGAAAUGUGUGGCAGAAGUAGAACAGCGCAUGAACUUGAUCUUUUUCCACUACAAAAUCUUUGCAAAUGACAAAUUUCGUUAUCGUUGCUGCUACGGCGGAUAUCCCGAUCUUCCUUUGCCCGGAGCACUUACAGUCUGCUUUGCGGGGCCUGUGAUCUUCAGUUACCGUCGCUCGCUGCCGUCUAUCAUGGGACAGAUCUUGGACAAAAUUGGAGGCAAACAAUGGAGGGAUGCCCAAAUGAGGAAGAUAUCAGACAAGAUAUUUAAUAAGAUUAAAAAUCAUUCAGAUAAGGUUAACCUGUCAUUUGAAGAUCUGUAUAUUGCUACGUUACUUGUGUACAAUGAAAUUAACAAGCGGUUGCCUGGCCCGCAUCAUGAUCCGCCCUCGAAGGAACGUGUCAGAGAACUCAUAAAGGAAAGCGAUCUCAACAUGGACCAAGAAAUUGACCGCGAAGAAUUUAUGAAGUUCAUCUUGCUUUUGACAUCUGACACCGUCAUAACAGUGAGCCAGGGAUUAGUCCUCACUUUGGUGGUAGCACCAACAGUCGCUGUGGUCACAAAGAAGAGUACCGAAGGCGUUCCAGGUGUUGGAAAACUGGUGCAAAAACUACCUGCCUCGGUGUACGCUUCCCUCAUCACUCUUGCUGCUCUGUCCUUUCAAAACGCUCACCAGGGGGCUUGAUAAAUGAUAAGUUGAGACUGUUUCAUUCCGUUCCGUCUAUAUAUUCCUUUGUUCUUUACAUAUAUGUGAUUGUGAACGAAUUAACACUCAGAACUCUGAGUUUACCAUUUGAAGCCAUGUUUAUAUUCUGUUUUCAUAGCUGUUCAUCA